AUUUACUCAUGUACAAUAAAACAGGUAUUUACUUGUGUAUAAAACAGGGACACAUAGCACGAGGGCAAUAGACACUUCCGGCCGCAGAACAGCCCAAGUUCGAAGAUUCUUCUUCCAACAAAAAUACAAAAUAGUAAAAAAGUUCACCAAGAAUUCGCGAAGACGAAUCUCUAAAUUCCUAAUCUUCCCUCCAAGUCCGCGGAAUUCUGUUUCUCGUCGCCGGUUUCUUUGAGAUUCCGGUGGCGACAGCUUCUGGGUGAACAAUGUUGUGUAGAACGGUAUCGCUGGCGAAGACGAAGAAGAAGAAGAACGGAGCAGUGCCGGUCUAUCUUAACGUGUACGAUCUGACGCCGAUUAAUGGGUACGCGUACUGGGUCGGCCUUGGGGUGUACCAUUCUGGCGUGCAAGUUCAUGAUGUUGAAUACGGGUUUGGAGCACAUGAGCAUGCAACGUCAGGAAUUUUUGAAGUUGAAGCAAAGCAUUGUCCUGGUUUCACAUUCAGGAAAUCGAUAUUGAUUGGAAGAACUGAUCUAGGUCCCAAAGAAGUCCGGGCCUUCAUGGAGAAAUUAGCUGAAGAGUACCGUGGAAACGCUUACCAUCUUAUCACGAAGAACUGCAAUCACUUCUGCCACGACGUUUGUAUCAGGUUGACAGGGAAAGCCAUUCCUAGUUGGGUCAACAGACUCGCUAGACUUGGUUCUUUCUGCAACUGUGUCCUUCCAGCAGGUGUCAGUGAAGGGAAAUUUGGGCAAUUUAGUUCCGGAGUUAGGGUUUACGAAGGAGAGAAGAAGAAAUUGAGGAGCCAUUCAAGUAGGUUUGCAUCUUUUGCAAAUCCUCCACCUCUUGCUGCAAUCAAAAGUGCUAGACAAAGCCGUUGUCUCCCUCCAUCUUCCUCUUUGAUUCAUUCAUCUUCUACCCUGACCUUGACUAUAAAACUUUGAUGGCGUCCUUGUUUGAUACUUCUAGCGUUCUGUAGAAUCCAACAAAAAAAGACGGGCCAAAAUAGCAAGUUCCUGUCUUGUAAAUUAAUUGUACAGAGCUUAUUUUAUGGUUAGGGAAAUGGCUUCUCAGAGAUAUUGCAGCUCUGUCAAAUCCUCUACUUUGCUUUAAUGGAAAAUGUGUAAUAUAUUUAAAA